AUGGCAACGUGGGAUGAUUCAGAAGAAUCAGAAACAGAAGAAGGUGAGAAAGCCAACAUAUGCUUGAUGACAAAAAUAGAAGAUAACAUUGAUAAGGGUUGUGAAGGGAUGGAAGAGGAACUCAAGAUUCUUUUGAAAAAAAUUGUUGAGUGUAGCAUGGAACUUAAGACUAAAGAGAAAGAGCUUGAUGCAAUGAAAAAAUUAAUUGAAGGACAAGCAAAAAGAUUAGAGUUAGAAAUGAAGCUACUUGAAGCUUGCCGAGUGAGGGAGUUUGAAUAUGAAGAGAAGGAUUUCAAAGGCCGAGUGAAGGACCUUGAGUCAAAAGACAAUCUAGAUGAAAUCCGAGUGAAGGAGUUGGAAUUAAAAGAGGAGAAAGUUGAAGGCCAACUGAAGAAGAUGGAAUCAGAAAAGGAACAUUUGGAAAGGCGAGCGAAGGAGCUCGAAUUAAAAGAGAAGCAACUUGAAAACCAAGUGGAGGUGUUUCAAACAAAAGAGGAUGAAUUCGAAAGCCGGGUGAAGGAGUUUGAAUCAAAAAAGGAUGAGUUCAGAGAUCUAGUCAAAGAGCUCAAACAUUUUGUAAGCCAGAUAGAGGAUGUCACAUCAAAAGAUAAAUAA